CUCAACGAACCUACAACACCACUCAAAAAUAUCUCUCUUCUUCUUCUUCUUCUCAGGAUCUCCGCCAAUGGGUUUUGGUAGAUCUUCUUCAUCUUCUCCUUCGUCUUCCUCAGCUCUGAAAUGGCUUGGUUUCGUUACAGCCGUUUGGGUCCAAUCUAUCUCAGGCAACAAUUACACCUUCUCAAAUUACUCCGACGCUCUCAAAUCCCUAAUGAACCUCACUCAAUUAGAACUCAACAGUCUCUCCGUCGCUAAAGACAUCGGAAAAGCCUUCGGAAUCCUCGCCGGACUUGCUUCUGAUCGUCUUUCCACUCCUGUCAUCCUCCUCAUCGGUUCUUUCGAAGGUCUUAUUGGUUAUGGUGUACAAUGGCUCGUCGUUAGCCGCACGAUCCAACCUCUACCUUAUUGGCAGAUGUGUGUGUUUCUCUGUAUGGGAGGAAACAGUUCGACGUGGAUGAACACGGCGGUUCUGGUGACUUGUAUACGUAACUUCCGGCGAAACCGUGGUCCUGUAUCUGGGAUUCUUAAAGGAUACGUUGGUUUAAGUACUGCGAUUUUCACUGAUCUAUGCACUGCUCUGUUUUCCUCUGACCCAGCUUCGUUUCUUGUUCUCCUCUCCGUCGUACCUUUCGCCGUUUGUCUCACGGCGGUCUUUUUCCUCCGUGAAAUACCUCCGGCUAGUACCUCCGCCGAGGAUAACGAAGAGUCUAAAUACUUCGCCGUGUUUAACAUCGUUGCCGUUGUUGUUGCCGUGUACCUUCAGUCCUACGACAUCAUCGGAAUCAAAACGGGAGCUAUCUCUAUCGCAUUCGCCUCUGUUCUUAUGAUCCUCUUAGCUUCUCCUAUUGCCGUCCCAUUCCAUGCUUUCAUCCGGAGCAAAGAUAACGAUGAGCAAGACGUAGAAGGACGAAUCGACGAACCGUUACUGAGAUCAGGAUCAGAGAUUGCGGUGGAGGAAACAAUCGUAGGUGCUGCUGCCGCAGCCGAUAACGAGCUGCCACCGUCUCUGAAACCGUUAAAGAAUGAGGAGGAAGAGAAUGACGGAACCGUGGUGACGACGGAGAAGAAAAGGCCGGUUCUUGGAGAAGAACACACCAUAAUGGAAGCGUUGUUGACUGUUGACUUUUGGGUGUUGUUUACGUCCUUCUUGUGUGGAGUAGGUACUGGUUUAGCUGUGAUGAACAACAUGGGUCAGAUCGGGCUUGCCCUUGGUUACACAGAUGUUUCCAUGUUUGUCUCCAUGAUGAGCAUUUGGGGGUUCUUUGGUCGGAUUCUCUCCGGUACUAUCUCCGAGCACUUCAUCAAGAAAGCUGGCACGCCAAGACCAUUAUGGAAUGCAGCAGCUCAGAUCAUCAUGGCCGUAGGAUAUCUACUAAUGGCUUUAGCAAUGCCUGGUUCACUUUACAUCGGUUCAAUGGUGGUUGGGGUUUGCUAUGGAGUCCGGUUAGCCAUAACCGUGCCAACAGCAUCAGAACUCUUCGGUCUCAAAUACUAUGGACUCAUCUACAACAUCCUUAUACUUAAUAUGCCUCUAGGAUCGUUCCUAUUCUCGGGUCUACUCGCGGGUUUACUCUACGAUGCUGAAGCCACACCGACUCCUGGUGGAGGCAACACAUGUGUAGGAGCUCAUUGUUUCCGUCUCGUCUUCCUUGUAAUGGCGUUUGCAUCCUUUAUUGGGAUCGGUCUUGACCUUUUGCUUGCGUUCAGAACCAAGGAGAUCUAUGCGAAGAUCCAUGCAAGCAAGAAGACUAAGAAAUCUAGUGGUAAUCUUCGAUGAGCUUAAGUUGAAAACUUGGUUUUUGUUAAAAUCAUUUUUUUGGGGGAACGUUAGUUCUAUAGUAAUAUGUAAAUCUUUUUUUGAAAGUUUGUAAUGUUCAGUUUCAUUAGAAGCGGUGAUUGUACAUGUGUACACUUAUGCUCACUAUUGUUAAAGUCGGUUAAAAAGUGUUUGAACCGGUUGGUCGGUGUAAGUUCAGAUUAUGGUGAUCAAUAUUUCAUGAUUACCUUAAAACUUUGUCCACA